ACCACUUUUAAUAAUAGUCUGUAGGCAUGUCAUUAUCAACGACAUUAUCCACUGAUACGUCUCAUGUCAUGUUAAUUUCAUCAUGUCUGCUGAUAGAGCAACAUCCGAUUCCGACAACGUGCAAAGUGCUCAUCCACAAUUAGAACCGAAAAGAAAAGCAACAUCAGUGGUGUGGAAUUAUUUCGGAUUCACCAGGGAUGAUGUCGAUCAGCGUGUUAUACUGUGUAAAUUGUGUCGAUCAACUGUUUCUGCACCAUCAAGCAACACCACAAAUUUAUACAACCAUUUAAAAUUCAACCACAGAGUGCAAUACGAGGAGUGUCUCAGCGUAAAAAAAAAAGCGCCAAGUGAUGCGAGAACUGCAACACAGACACCCAUCACGAAAUCUUUCUUUAAUGCUACUCCGUACCCGGCAGGUUCCCAAAAGCAGAUCGAGAUAACUGAAGCGAUCGCGCAUUUCAUUGCAAAAGACAUGGUGCCGAUUAAUACAGUUUGCAGCGCGGGGUUUAAAAAACUCAUAAACACACUGGACAAGAGAUACGUCAUCCCCUCCCGCAAUUAUUUUUCUCAAGUUGCGCUGCCUUCGCUUUAUUCAAAAUGCCGGGAAAGCAUUGAAUCAGAUCUUCAGAAAAUUGAGUUCUAUUCCACCACGACUGAUUUAUGGUCGAGUAGAACUAUGGAACCAUAUAUGAGCCUUACGGUUCAUUACAUUGAUGACGAGUUUCAACUCAAAACCAGAUGCUUGCAAACGUCCUAUUUUCCGCAAGAUCAUACCGGGGAUGCGAUUGCUCAAGGAUUGAAAGAGAUGCUGGGUGCCUGGGAUUUAAAGGAGGAGCAACAAGUCUGUGUCACAACAGACAACGCAGCAAAUAUAGUGAACGCUAUUGCCAUCAAUAAGUGGAGCAGACUUCAGUGUUUUGGACACAGGCUGCACCUAGCAAUUGAACAUUCUUUGAAAGAUGGACGGAUUGACUGUGCACUAAAUGUCUGCAAAAAGGUGGUAGGGUGCUUGUCGGACUGAGUGUCCGACAAGAUGGGGCUCAAAACAAGCAAUGAUCGCCAGGGUAUUGGAACAACAGAGUGCCAUUUCUUUUGUUCUCUCCGCGGACAGAAAAGCCAGACACCUUGUCCCCACAUGGCAGGAUGUAGAGGUCCUUGAAGCGGUCAACAACUCCCUUUCUCCACUUGCUGAAUUCACGGAUGCUCUUUCAGGAGAGCAAUAUGUAAGUGUGUCAUAUGUGAAGCCUGUUCUUCAUUUGUUCAACAAUAAAAUCUUGGCAGAGAAAGAGGGAGAAACAGAACUGUCAAAAUGCAUCAAGAAAAAGAUCCUGGACUACCUGAAUAAUAAGUAUGAUGAUCCACUGACUCAAGAAUUGCUUGACAUGGCUUCUGCAAUUGAUCCCAGAUUCAAGCUCAAGUACGUCAAUGAGAACAGAGUUGAAGCUGUCAAGACUCGUUUGAGAGCUGAAAUGGCAUCAAUAUCUACUACAGUCAAGCCUCAACCAUCGGUGACUGUUAGAGAGGAUGCAGAUGACCAAAAUGCUCCAGCACUAAAGAAGACCAAAAAAACACUGGGCAGCUUCUUUAAAGUAGAUGAGGACCAGAGGCCAGCAUCGCCAUCUCUCAAUCUCCAAGACAUGGCCAUUACUGCAGAGCUACAGUCUU